AUGAGGUUACAAAACAUGGCGGAGGAUGGGCACUCGGAUUGGGUCAGACUGAAUGUCGGAGGGACGAUGUUUGAGACGACCCGCACCACUCUGGCUCGUCUGAAGAGCCAGUUCCUUGACAGACUCCUUGCGGAAGACUCUGGCUUCCCCAGGCCGGCUGACGGUGUCUACAAGAUCGACAGAGACCCCGAGGUGUUCAGGGUUCUACUUAAUUUUGGCAGGCACGGAAAACUUCUGCUGAACUCUCACGUGACGGCGGCCAUGUUGGAAGCGGACGCCGACUUCUACAUCCUGGGACAGCAGCUUCGCCUGGCGAUAGACGCACUCUCGGAGGACCCCAAUGCCGACAGCGCACAGAAGUACUUUGAAGCUAAAAAGGCCAUGCGGAGAAGCAACCACCCUCAGGCAUCCUCACCUCUCAAACAAUAGUGAUAUGCCAAAUGUUGAAUCGACUAAGAUGGUAUAUCCACCGCCAAAGAAGACAGUGGCAAAUGGCCUAGGAAGAUCCUCACAAUGGAUGUGGAAGGCCCAAACCCUCGUGGUCGACCAAAGAAGAAAUGGUUUGACAAUGUAAGGGAGGACUUCCAUCAACCCACAGGAUAGAGGCAAGUGGCAGGCUGCCAUCAAGCCUCAGUACUUCUGUGCAAGAUUGUCUAACCCUCCGAAGUCGGGGAGCGCUAGACAAUAAACCGGAAAGUGAGUGAACUGAAUUAAAAAGUGCAAACAAGUUUGAGUCAGGGAUUCGACAUGAAAAUUAUCUUUUAUCUUUUUUAUCUUUCACAGCUAUGUGACAGAAAAUAAAGUUUCCCACCAAU